AAUCUUAAUGGAAGACUAAUACAUAGUGACCGCAAGUGCUGACCAUGGUAUGCCUUGUACAGGCAAGGUACUGACCAUAUCAUUUACACAGUCUCUCUGAUCCAGAUGGACUUUCUUCCUGGUGGUCUUCAUUUUAUUAAAAAAAAAAAAACGGUGCUUUGUCUUUCCAUGCAACCUGUAACUGGCAAUAUUACACCAGAUGAAACAUACCAACAAGGAAAACUCAAUGGAUAUUAUACCAAAACUACGAUAGCAAAACAGGAAAAUCCAGCAAAAAUGGAGACAGUAUGAUACAAGUAUGCUGAAAAAGCUUUUAAAAAUUAAUUUGCAAGGAGAUGAUUUCUAUAUAUUGGCUAGAAUCUUUCAGUGGUUAACAUUUGUCUAGUGAAGAAAAAGUGAACUUUUUCAUCACCAGGAAAGCUACCAACCUCCUGCAUUAAAAGACAGAGCUGCCAGAAAUCUCAACUUCAUAUUUUCCAUGAAAAUAAUUUUACAAAUUUAUCGCAAUCCAUGCAGUGAUUUUCUUAAAUUUUACCAUGUUCUCUCAUUGGAGUUAAAAUAUCAAGCAAAAUCAAACAGUAACAUAUGUUGGUGUAUUUUGUUUUACCCAUAUAUGUAGCAAAAAAUGGGUUCUUAUGCUGACAGACAUCGUUUUACAACAACUGUUUGACUUUUAGCAUAUGACUUAUUCAUGUAAACAUAUGUAUUUGGUUCAAGCCAGCAAUUCAUUUGAAUGCAAACAUUGGAAGCACUGCUGGUUCUCAAAUAACAGGAACAUGGACAUGAUGUCCAUUUUUUCCCCAACUUUCUGAAGUGAAUAACAGUGUUGAACUACACACAUGAACAUUUAAUUUGUUCAUCUCUUUUGAAGCCAUUUUAACAGAGGACUUGACUACAAGAAGUAUUCUGAAGCACGGACAUAUUCAGUUGACUUGAUCUAAUGCAUUCCAAAUUCAAGUUGGUGAUAACACUCUAUUUAAUCAUCGUCCGGUUAGUGCCCCUCAAUGUAGCUGAUGAUAUACUAACAGCAUCCAGGUUUCCUGCCCCCCACAUUGGUGACUAUGUACCCAGUGCCUGUUGGAACUUCACCUACGGCAACCAGCAAGGUUUACAAGAAUUCUACAGCCCAAACUUCCCCAAUAACUACGACAAUGGCACCACAUGUACACAAGUUUUAGCAGCCCCACCAGGCUUUGUCAUCAAACUUGAAUUUCAAUUUUUUAAAAUUGAGCCAUCAUACGACUGUGAAUACGAUUACCUUGAGAUCCAUGAUGGACCGUAUGGGUACUCUCCUCUCAUUGGACGAUUCUGUGGUGCCAAGCCUCCGCCAUUGAUUAAGUCCACAUCCCAGUUUAUGUGGAUCCAUUUUGAGACAGAUGGUACCAUCGAGUACAAGGGAUUUCAGGCUGUGUAUGAAUUUGUAAACCAGCCAAACACAGCACCAAGACUAGAUGCAGGCCAUGUAGCAUUCUGUCGUCUGCCAGUUGCUACAGAUUUCUACCAAGAUGGUAACCUGACCAUAAAGGACCUUCCCCCAGGGUUGGUGGUGAAUGCCUGGAAUGGCACUGAAGACAUGGACUGCACAUGGGAAAUAUUUGUCAGACCAGGACAGAGAGUCCAUCUGAAAGUUAGUUCUUUUGAAAUGAAGAACCCUCUGGAAUGUUCACUGAAUUUUCUGGAAAUAUAUGAUAGGACGACAAGCAUCCAUCACAGGGAACGUCAGUUCUGUACUCCAUCUUCAGGAGAGUACAAAUCUGGAAGUAACAGAGUGUACUUACGUUUCCACUUACACAGGAACAUCAUAAGUGAAUUUAAAGUGGAUUAUACUAUAUUUGAAUACGGUCCAUGCAGGGACAGCCUGUUUGACUGUGGAGACCAGACCUGUAUAAGCCCUACCUUGAAGUGUAAUGGCAGGAUUAACUGUAACUUCUCCUAUGAUGAAAUGAAGUGUAAAAAAGAGGAAGACAGCCUUACAACUCCACUAGAAAUGAAAUACCAUGCUGUGAUACUGGGAGUGGUUGGAGGUUUACUGGUUAUCAUAGUGGCAGUAUCCAUUUGUCUCACAGUAAGACAUAGGCGUGAGGAGGCCAGGCUUCGGCAAAAAUUACGUGAACGAGUUGUAUUAGACCCAGUGGAGAUUCAGAAGCUACUGCUAACAAACAUGAAUGAAGUUAUUGUCCCAAAUACUCCAACUGGGCUGCUAGAUGAGGAGAGUGCACUAAAAGUUUCAAGACGUUUUCACAGUGAUGACAUUACAGCUGUUAAGCGGAAUGGUGUCUUUCAUAUCUCUCUGGGAAACCCAUCCUCACAAACAUCCAGUAGAGGGCGAGGUAACCAAGAGGAGCUGGUCCCAGAAAAAGAUGACUCUGAUUAUGAGACUGAAGAAAUGGCAUGUGGGAAUAAAUAUGAAAGCUCUGAGAGCAUCUCAAGAAUACUUGAUGAAGCAAAUGGCAAUGGAUCUUCAAGAAACGCAACUCCUCGCAAAGUUCCAACUGUUGUGUGUAUAGAAACACCACCAAGACAGGCUUCUCUAGAUAAAGCUGUAAGUGAUCCCAUGUUAAGUACAACAUCAUCUGUUAUAUCAAAUAACACACAGAGAACAAGCCCUAGCCCCCCACCUCCACCUCUUCCUUCAACACAGGUGCCCCAAUCACAAAGUGGUAACAACAGUAACCGCCAAAGUCCAGCACGCAGUCCUGGUCGAGGUGGAAGGCGGCGAAGGCGAAGUAAAAAAAGUGACAGAAAUAGAGUUGAUGCAAAUAAAAAUAAUCCAGAGGUCAUAGCAAUGAUCACUUUAAAUGACCAGGAUGUUCAAAAGGAUUCACAGCAAGGACCCACUACUUCUUCCCCCAAACAGACAUCUCUUCCUGACAAAAAGCAAAGCAAUAAGUAUGACAAUCCUAGACUGAAACUCAGUGAUAAUCACAGCAGGCGAGGUCCACCAAGUCCAAAGCCUGAUGUGGUACAGGACGAAAGAGUUUGGGAACGAAGCAGGGGCAAUGUAACAAUACCAAACACAACAACCGAUGCCGAUGUAACAGUUCGCGCGCCACCUACAUCACAGAGCUUAAAACAAUCUCACUCUGGACAGCCAGUGUGACACGCUUUGAGUGAAUGGUCUGGUGACCAUUGAAAAAAACCUGGCAUCUACACCCAUAGUUUCUGUGCUUGUGGGCUAUCUGUGUUUAAUUUGCUGCUGUCACCAUUAUCUUAGGGCUCAUAGACAGCAAUGAUCUAACACCAGGCUCUAGAUCAAGGAGUUCCAAAAUGCACAGACCAAGUAAUAUUGAUAAAGCUCACAGUAAUGUGAUCAAGGCUUUUUGAUGAAGGGUCAAAAUGUCAUUACUUGGCUUAUGAGUCUCCUGAUUUAUAUAUAAUUAUAUGGUAAUUAAUCUUUUUUUACCAAUAGUGUCUGGAAGAAAUUCUCCAACGUUGGCACAUGACACUAAGUGUGAAGUGUGAACAGCAAAAAAGGAAAAAGGAAUAUUGAAAAAGGAAAAUACGAAAUGUAACUUAAUUUUCUUAAGGUCUUUGAAAAUAUUCCAGAGAUAAGUGGUCUUUUGGCUGAAUGGGACCCUUUUAUUCUUUCAUUUUCCUGAUCACGUGACCUCCAUUUUAGUUAAUUCUUAGUUAUUUCAUGCUGCCAACUUCAAAAGACAACAUACAUGUAUAUGGGACAUCAGUGCCAGAUUUCUAAGAAAAUAUGAUAAGGGUAAUAUAAUAUCCUUACAUUUAGUAGGUGGACUUCCAUUAACUUAGUCUUUUGAAAGGCUCUCAACAACCAUUCUUAAUGCAAUCCAUCAUUCUCUGAGGAAAGGGUUUCAAAAUCAAAAAGAUGCCAAGGUGAUCCUUGGUGAUCUAUGGACUUUUUCUGCUUGGGUGUUGUCCAGAUAGUUCAUUUUACCUAGAAAUGACAGUCUUGUCCAAAAGCAAUGACAAUAGAGGUGAUAAUUUAGUAAUAACAUUUGGCAAAACAUAAAAGCCACAGAGAG